AGGUAAGGUUGUGAAUGACAGGUUCUUUCCUGUCCCUCGUGCUGCUGACUGUCCACAGAGCACAAGGGCAGCGUCAGCACCUGCUCUGGCUGCCUCUGUACCCGAGGAAGAGGCUGAAGAGGAGGAAGGUGCCAAUGAACCUGGCCCUGCUGUCAGCCCAGGGCUGGAGCAAACAACACCAAGCUCCACCUCCUCUGUCCUGGCAGCUGCAGGAGCUGCAGCUGAAGGCUGGGAAGAAGGCUCCAGUGCCCAGGCUGGAAGCUCAAGCACGAGCAGCUCGUGCACCUGGAGCACGACUAGCUCCUCGGGCAGCAGAGAGCAUCAGCGAGAGAGCACAGAGGACAAGUGCCUGGCCGUGCUGAAGAUGCUGGUGAGCAAGGGAGAUCCUGAGGCGAAAUACACAGAAGUGGAAACUCUUGGCAAAGGGGGUUUCGGCACUGUGUGCAUGGCAGUGGAGUCUGCCACAGGAGAAGAGGUGGCCAUCAAGAAAAUUAGUCUCCUGCAAGGGAGCAGCAGUGAGCUGUGCCUGAAUGAAAUCCAGGUCAUGCGUGGCACUAAGAAUGCCAACCUUGUGAACUAUGUAGACAGCUACCUGGUGGACGAGGAACUCUGGCUUGUGAUGGAAUACAUGGACGGAGGUUCUUUACAUGAUGUCAUCAGGGAGACUCACAUGGCAGAAGGAGAGAUAGCAGCUGUCUCUCGGGAGGUAAGGGAUGGCACUUGUGCUUCCCAUGGCUUGGUCGGGAUGGUCCUUCCAAAUGGGUGAUAAGGAGAGGAGAGAUUUCAUCUUCCAAGCCUUUCUCUUAUGUCCUUGGCAGUAGCAAGAGCAUCUGAAGUGCCUGCCAGUGUCCCUGCCCUUCUUCUAGCGUGUUUGUGUUUGCCUCUCUAAACACUUCCCUGGUGCCUGUGUGUGCUGCAUUCCUUCCCUGUAAGGGCAAAUGUGAUGGUGGCGCAAAGUGAAGCAGGGGGCAAAGACAAAGAGAUACUCACAGGACUCUCCCAGAGCUCAGCCUCAAAGGAGAGCCUUGCACCCAAAGUGGUGUUUGCAAAGGCAUCCACUGCUGUCUGGCUGGAGAGAGCACAGCCACUGCAGCAGGGCUCCUUCAGCCUGUGUUUGCCGGGCACUGGCCAGAGGAACAACUGCCCCUUCUCUCUCAGAAGCAAACACACCCUCACUUAGAAAGGCACUGCUGUCCUCGUGGUGGAGCAGCAGGCUCUUGCCCUUGCCAGCAGCCUGUCCUGCCAUGGCUCACCAUCCCCCAGGAAGUCAGUGUUUCAGAUGUGCCACUUCCCUGCCUGUGGGAUGAAAUCCACUUAGGCUCGUGUUUCUUUUUCCUCUCUCAGUGCCUGCAAGGCCUGGAUUUCCUGCACUCCAAGCAAGUGAUCCACCGCGAUAUCAAAAGCCACAACAUUCUCCUGGGCUUGGAUGGAUCUGUCAAGUUGGCUGAUUUUGGCCUUGCUGCUCAGCUCACUGCUGAGCAGAGCAAACGGAGAUCAGCUGUUGGGACUACUUACUGGAUGGCGCCAGAAAUUUUCACCAGGAAGCCCUAUGGCCCCAAAGUGGACAUCUGGUCCUUUGGAAUUGUGGGGAUCGAGAUGGUGGAAGGAGCACCUCCGUACCUGAUGAAAACCUCCCGCACGGUACGCUGCAGCUGCUCUCAGAUACUGCUGUCACCCUGACAAAAUCUGCUCCCAUCCUUCUGCCUGGGAAGCUUGCAAACACCUGAAAAUGAUAGGUUCCAGGCUGCACAGUCUCUUGUGCUUCUUGGCUAGAUCAUCCCCUUGCCAUUUUUGUGCAUGAACAACACCAAAAAAUCGUGAUGCCUUUUGCUUGGCAGAAGCUUUGCCUCAGGGAGCAGGGAGCAGUGCUGAGCUGCAUUUUGUGGAAUAAUCCUUGGAAAUAGUAGAAUAAGAUGGAAGUCCUUCUUUUAAAAUGCCUGAAGAGGUGGUGUCAGUGCUCAGAGAAGCAAAGUGUGCUGUUGCUGAUGGAGCUGCUGCUAAUUCCAGCAGCCAGUGAAAUCAGGGGUCAAGGCAAGAGCCUUUGCAUAUUGGACUGGCUAUGGCUGCCUCUGGCUUUGGGUUGUUUUAGUAGGGCUAGGGAGUAAAGUGCCACUGGAGAGUGGAGCUUGUCCAGUGGGGUCUGUGUGAGCAGUUUGGGGUGCGAAGGAGACAGGUAGAGUGUGGCAUUUCCUUCUUCUCUAGGUUCAACAGCUGAUAAG